AUGACGCGAUUAAUCCUUUCCACGUCUAAUAUUAUGACCGGCGGUCCCUCGAUUAUCAGGAAACCUGGAGCAGACCGAUCAAAUCUCGAGCUUACAAACUCCCUCCGGAGUAACUUUCUUGCAGCCCAGCAAGAUUAUUCUCCUCCUUUAUCUGCAACGAAUGGCAGUCCCGGAAGCAGUUAUGACGGAGAUCAGCCCUCACACCGACCACAAGCUUCAGUAUGGACAACGAGACAAGGCUCUGAUUUCUAUAUACCCACCAUAGACUGGUCACUAUCUGGCCUUGCUGAGGAAAGAAGCCAAUAUGAUAUAACGGUGAAGUUAUUCUACUUGCCGGGCGCAGACGUCAAAGAGAGAGAAAGGUACACCAAGGACGCCGUUGGACUAGUUUUGAAGGAGCUGGGAGUCGAGUCCGUCGACUUACUCAUUGUAUCUUUUCCCGGAAUGUCUUUCGAUGGUGAUUGCGAAUGGGAGGCAGAUAAGAGGAACUCGGCGCAAGGGAACGACGAGGAAGAGAUUGAAUCUUGGCCGGCACUUGAGGAACUUCACACCCAAGGUAUUGUCAAGAAGUUAGGCUUGGCAGAGUUUGGAAGUGAGAAGUUGGCCAGAUUCUUAGCGAGAGUCAAGGUGCGGCCAAAGGUAGACCAGGUCAACGUGAAAGACUGUUGCAAUGUUCCGCCGCCUCUUUUGAAGCUUGCAAAGCUUGAACGAAUUGAGCUUCUCACGCAUAACGAUUGCACGGAUAUUCUUCCCAGCGGAACUUUAAGAGAGCUCUUGGGGCAAGGGGUAAGGGGAGCAGGAGUUCUUUCAGAAUCGAAACGAGGUUUAGAUGGGAUGAAGGGCGACCUGACACCGGAAUGGGUUGUCAAAUAUACGGCAGUGGUUCGAGACAGAGGGGUGAUUGAGAAUAAAGGAUAUUUUGCGGCUGCAGAGUUAGAGGAAUGA